CUGAGUUUGCUUCAGAGACUAUGCAGAAGCGUAAGAGCUUCGUUAGCUAGCAGUAACAUCAACUCGCCAUAUGUUAUUGGAAUUGGUUUAAAGUACCUGCUCUACGGAUUAAGAAGAACAGCAAACAUGUUGCCUCCCCUCAGAUGAAGACAGCGGUUUUUAUAGCGUGGAUUGUGUUCUACGUCUCAGCCCUGCUGGCUCUAAGAAGAAUGUGGACAGGUAAAUACGUCCGCAGCCCUCUUGCUCGAGCGCUGUUCGUCAGCAUGGUGAACGAAGGCGAUGCCACUGAACAAUUUCAGGAGUGGUACCACUGCUGUCUCGUUAAGCUGGGGGAGGAUGUGCGACCGCUGUUCCUCCAGAGCUACAUGGACCAGGACACCAAGGCCUUCCUGAGGCAAAGUGAGGAGAAGUCUGGCUGGAUGUUCACACAGCUCUACUACUCUUUCAUGUCCACUGUCCUCAGCCCCAUUGUCUCCCGCACCUCCAUAAAUGGGUUUUUGGGGAGGGGCGCCAUGUUUGUGUUCUCUGGGGACCAGUUCCGCCAGCUCCUCCAGAUCAGUUCAGAUUGGCAGGGAGACAGGCUGCUUGACCUGGGAGCUGGGGACGGGGGAGUCACCGCAGUCAUGGACAAGCAUUUCAAAGAGGUCUAUGCCACAGAAGUAUCCACUCCCAUGAGGUGGCACCUUCAGAAAAAGAACUACACCCUGCUGGAAGUGGAUGGGUGGCAGAACCCUGGCUUCUACGACGUGAUCAGCUGUCUGAACCUGCUGGACCGCUGUGACGAGCCCCUCACUCUGCUGGCGGACAUCCGCCGCUCUCUGGUGCCUGGUACCGGCAGACUCCUCCUGGCCGUAGUGCUGCCAUUUCAACCGUCUGUGGAAGUGGGUCGCAAGUGGCAGUGGCCAAAAGAAUACUUGAAAGUGAAGGGAAAGACCUGGGAGAAACAGGUGACCCACAUGUCCAAGCGGGCGUUGCAGAAGGCGGGGUUUGAGGUGGAAGCAGUGACGAGGCUGCCCUACCUCUGUGAAGGAGACAUGUACCAUGAUUACUAUGUGCUGGAUGAUGCCGUUUUUGUUCUGAAACCAUCGGAAGCACAUGACACGGAGCUGGACAGCUGAUUGGUCACUAAUGUCCAACUCUCAAUUCUGGUGCUUCUGUGAUAUCAACUCCCUUACAGGACUUGCUUUUCAUUAUAUUUUGGAGAAAACAUAAAUGGCCAAAUAACGUAUUGUCAUGAUUAAGGCUGGAUAUUUGUCACAGAAAAUAUUGACUGAAGUCACGGAGCAGUCAUUGAUGAAAUUGAUGAAAAUUACAGAAAACAUGGAAAAAAUGGAAGAAAUCACUGAGCAAAAAGGAUAUUAAAUUAAUUAUAUUAAUGAUUUAAUAUAUUAUAUUAUCUCGUGCCCAGCAGUGGGAAACAAUUGAAAUAACAUGCAUAUACUGUUGGAGCAGUAACAAGUGUUACUAAAAAAUCUACCGGCAGUAACCAGCUACUAGGAACAAAUAGCCAACAAGUAAAAUACAUUGCUAUUUGACAGAAAUGUAACAGAAUGCCAUUAAUGUAACAGAAUGUUGUUAAAAAAUACUGCAUUCUCAAAUUGCAUUAAAACACAAUUUAAAACGGUUAUCAUAUGACCGUUUUCACCUUUUUAAAGUUUGUUUUGGUAUAGUACAUGUUGCGCAUUGCUUGGUUUGGUCUUUGAGUGCUUCUUGUCACUGAAUAUGACCAAACUUGUUGACCGGGGCGGUCAUACAGCAGUUCUCAAUCAUAUUAAUUCCCAAAAAAUUAGGAAAAGACAGAACUAAAUUAAAAAAAUCUGUGACAAACACCCAGUCUUAGUCAUGAUUCAACUUUAUUGAGUAUUGGGAUGUUUAUAAGUUAUUGGGAGAAGUACCUGUAGAUUGAGGAAACCCCAACCUCUUCUCAGGAUGUUUACAUUUAGUUUAAUCUGCUUUAUGUGAUGUGUCUCUUGGUGUAGAAACUUUGAAUGACAUGGCGGGCACAUUAUUACGGACUACAUUCUACAGGGGCAGAUAUCCACAGGCAUAUCAUCAUUAAGCACAAAUGCAUCGAGACGGAAAGAGAUUAGUGACCACAUCUCAAAUCAAUCUUUUAGUCUACGAAGUGUUGAAGUAAAUGGCCUUUUUAGUUAUUUACAAGUUCGUAUUUCUUUAUGAAGUGUGCCAUGUUAUUGAAUUGUUGUACAUUCCUCUCGUUUUUGGGUCAGGGGAGCUUAUAUGAUCUAUUUUAAUGUCUAAGAUACGCAUACACAGGACUUCCGACAAAGGGCUUGGACUGCACAGUUUGCCACUCUGGUGUGGCAUUUACUGUCAUCACCCUAACACAUACUGUGUUAAUAUCUGUUGUGUGUCAUUUUAUGGUGAAAUGCAAAUGUUAUUUUCAUAAUCAAAAGAUAAAUCAUUGGAUCAAUAAUAAAAAUAAAUUGGUCAUCA